UCUUGUCCUGCAAAUAUGCAUUCAGAAUGGGCUGAGAAGAGCCACAGAAGGUUUCCCGUCACCUAAUCUUUGCUUUCUUAUUCCAUCAAAGCCUAUAUUCUAGGGUUUGCAAUUUCUUAAACCUUCCCUUCUUUAUUACUCAAAUUGCUUUGCUUUUUGUGGCGUCUGCCUUAGUUGUAGAAUUGUUUAAGAAGAGAAUUAUAUUGUAUUAAAAGACUUUUUAAUUUUCAAGUUAUCAGUGCACUCUUCCAUUUUUGGCUUUCACCUGCAAUUUACGUUCCUCUUUGUUCUGAUAUUUCCCGUUUCUGGGUUUUCUUCAAAAUAGGAAAUUAUUUGUCCUUUCACGGGAAAGCUUUGUUUCUUUUUCUACUUUGUGUUUUGAACCCCUAUUCUCUAUUUGGGAUGCCAAAACCUACCGAACCUGAAGGUAGGUCUGAAUCUGAUAAAAAUUUAUUCAAGAUCCGCACUUUUUUCCUGUUCUGGCCACAACUAAUAAACCCCAUAUACCGUCCCACCAAUGUAAUUGUUCCCAUGAAGAGGUCAUUCAGACCCUGGUUAAGUAUUCUAAUGCUUGUUGCGUUGACUGCAACCUUAGGCUGUCGGAUUGCCGGUGACCGCCGCGGUGUCUUCACUGUUUCAGCUCCGAUGGAGUCAAGCAGGACCCUAAUCCAACGACCACCAAUCCAAAUUUUUAACUCCACUUUGCUUAAGUUUGCGUCUGUUGAUUUAGGUGAAGAAAAAUUCAAGCUUGAAACGAAGCAGCUGUUGGAAAAGGACUUUGCUAGUCUAGGACAGCAUAGGAACUUUGCAACUUCGAGGAGGUUCGGUCGUCCUGAUGUCAAUUCCAGAAAUUCUAAAGUCUCUAAUGGAUUAUCGGUAAUGCUCAGGUCCCCCAAAUUUUAUCGGCAUUGGUUAGAUUUUAGGAGGAUUUUACAGCUUUGGGCAAGAAAAAAGAUGUUUCAACCUGAUAUCAUGAUGGAUUUGGUUAGAUUAGUGAAGGUCCCCAUGGAUAUCUACCAUGGUUUAAUGAGCUCUGAUAAAAAAUAUAAAUCUUGUGCUGUUGUGGGGAAUAGUGGGAUAUUAUUGAAAAGUGAUUAUGGGGCAUUGAUUGAUAGCCACGAGGUUGUGAUUAGAUUGAAUAAUGCUAUAAUCGAGAAGUUCGAAAAGAAUGUGGGAUCAAAAACAAGUAUUUCCUUUGUAAAUAGCAAUAUACUGCACCUUUGUGCUAGGAAGGAAGGUUGUUUUUGCCAUCCCUAUGGAGGGGAUGUUCCUAUGAUUAUGUACAUUUGCCAACAGGUUCAUUUCAUGGACUAUUUGGUCUGCAAUUCGUCUCACAAGGCACCUUUAUUGAUUACAGAUCCACGUUUCGAUAUCUUAUGUGCUAGGAUAGUGAAGUAUUAUUCGGCCAAACGAUUCGUGGAGGUUUCAGGGAAGGCAUUGGAACAAUGGGGGUCUACUCAUGAUGGUUCUAUGUUCCAUUAUUCCUCUGGAAUGCAAGCUGUUAUGCUAGCAUUGGGAAUUUGUGACGAAGUUAGUGUAUUUGGCUUUGGCAAAUCAACUUCUGCCAAGCAUCACUAUCAUACUAAUCAGAAGUCCGAGCUACGGUUGCAUGACUAUGAAGCGGAGUAUGCGUUCUAUCACGAUCUGGUUAAGAAUCCGCAUGCAAUACCGUUCAUUUCAGAUAAGUUCAGGUUCCCUCAUGUGCUGAUCUAUCGAUGAUUUUUGUCGGGAUAUGCAUUCUGUCAUGAUCAGGUAAAGGAUCUGAUGGCAGUACUAUUUGUUUUGGACAUGCACAGGUUCCCUCCUUUGACCCAUCUAUCUUGUACUUCGCUCUUUUGGUCCGUCCAGGUUACAUUGUUGUAUUCGUGUUGUAUCAGCUAGUUUCCACUAAGACUGUCAAAAGGAAACACUACUGCUGAA